AUGGUCAGUUUCACGGGCCUCUUGGCCGGUAUUGGUCUGUUACCGGUGGCUUAUGGAGCUAGUCCAUCGCGGGCUUCAAGCGCUACGGUGUCGGCGCCAUCCUCGCAAUUCACCAUACCUGCUUCGGCCGACGUUGGUGCGCAGUUGAUAGCCAAUAUCGAUGAUCCUAAGGCCGUUAACGCACAGUCUGCCUGCCCCGGUUACAAGGCUUCCAACGUCAAUAAUACCGCUCAUGGGUUCACUGCAAGCUUGCAGCUAGCUGGAAAACCAUGUAAUGUUUACGGGACGGAUGUCGACUCAUUGACUUUGACUGUGGAGUACCAGGCAAAAGAUCGCUUGAACAUCCAAAUUGUCCCAUCCCAUGUGGACUCCUCUAACGCGUCGUGGUAUAUUCUGUCUGAAGACGCGGUUCCUAGGCCCAAGGUAUCACCCAAUGCCUCGAUUCCUGAGAGCGACCUGUUUGUGUCCUGGUCCAAUGAACCAUCCUUCAACUUCAAGGUCACCCGGAAAGCAACCGGGGACGCGCUUUUCGAUACCGAGGGCUCGGUACUGGUAUACGAGAACCAGUUUAUAGAAUUUGUCACCUCGCUGCCUAAGGACUACAACCUAUACGGGUUGGGCGAGCGGAUGAGCCAGCUUCGACUUCUUCGGAACGCCAACUUGACCAUGUAUGCUGCGGAUAUCGGAGACCCAAUUGACAGCAACAUAUAUGGACAGCAUCCGUUUUAUUUGGACACAAGAUAUUACAAGCAGGAACAUGGCCCACAUGUCUUGUCCAAAAGCAGCAAGAUCGAUAAGUCGCAAGAAUACGUAUCAUAUUCCCAUGGAGUAUUCCUGAGGAAUGCUCAUGGACAGGAGGUUCUUCUGCGGUCUCAAAACCUAACAUGGCGUUUAUUGGGUGGAAGCAUUGAUCUGACGUUCUACGCUGGCCCAACCCAGGCUGAUGUCACCAAGCAAUACCAACUCAGUACGGUUGGAUUACCGGCGAUGCAGCAAUACAACACUUUUGGGUUCCAUCAGUGUCGCUGGGGUUACAAUAACUGGUCAGAGUUCGAAAAUGUUGUGGCUAAUUUUGAGAAAUUUGAAAUUCCCUUGGAAUAUGUUUGGGCCGAUAUUGAUUAUAUGCACGGAUAUCGGAAUUUUGACAACGACGAACACCGUUUCUCCUACAGCGAAGGUGAGCGAUUCCUCCGCAAGCUUCACGAUGGCGGACGACGUUGGGUUCCGAUCGUGGAUGGGGCUCUAUAUAUCCCGAACCCUGAAAACACGUCUGAUGCAUAUGAUACUUAUACAAGAGGUGCUGCGGACGACGUUUUCAUUAAGAACCCCGAUGGUAGUCUCUACAUUGGAGCUGUAUGGCCUGGGUAUACGGUCUUCCCGGAUUGGCACCAUCCCAAGGCAGUCGAAUUCUGGGCCAAUGAGCUACUCAUAUGGUGGAAAAAACUGGCUUAUGAUGGAGUCUGGUACGACAUGGCCGAAGUGUCCUCUUUCUGCGUAGGCAGCUGUGGCACUGGCAAUUUGACGUUGAAUCCAGUCCAUCCGCCAUUCGCCCUACCAGGCGAGCCCGGCAAUGUUGUCUACGACUAUCCAGAGGGUUUUAAUGUGACCAACUCUACGGAGGCAGCUUCAGCCUCUGCAGGUGCCUCGAGCCAGGCCGCGUCCAAUGGCGGAGGGGCUACCUCGACCUCGACCUCGUACUUGCGUACGACACCCACACCUGGUGUGCGCAAUGUCAACCAUCCUCCGUAUGUGAUCAACCAUGUACAAACUGGACAUGAUCUUGCAGUCCAUGCCAUCUCACCGAACUCGACGCACGUGGAUGGCGUCCAGGAGUAUGACGUGCACAGUUUAUAUGGCCACCAGGGUCUGAAUGCCACAUAUCAAGGUCUGCUGAAAGUCAGGUCGGACAAGCGUCCCUUUAUUAUCGGCCGUUCCACAUUUGCAGGCUCAGGCAAAUGGACCGGACAUUGGGGCGGUGACAACUUCUCCAAGUGGGGAUCCAUGUACUUUUCCAUUUCACAAGCCCUAUCAUUCUCACUGUUCGGGAUCCCUAUGUUCGGGGUGGAUACUUGUGGCUUCAAUGGAAACUCUGCGGAAGAACUCUGCAACCGGUGGAUGCAGCUCUCAGCCUUCUUUCCAUUCUACCGCAACCACAACGUUCUCUCUGCGAUCCCCCAGGAGCCCUACCGAUGGGCAUCCGUCAUCGAAGCGAGCAAGGCGGCGAUGAGGAUCCGGUAUUCCAUUUUGCCGUACUUUUACACCUUGUUCCAUUUGGCGCACACGACUGGGUCGACGGUUAUGCGUGCCCUUGCAUGGGAGUUCCCUCAUGACCCAAGUCUGGCUGCCGUUGACACGCAGUUCCUCGUGGGGCCUUCGAUCAUGGUGGUCCCAGUUUUGGAACCGCAGGUGGACACGGUGAAGGGAGUGUUCCCCGGCAUCGGACAGGGCGAAGUGUGGUAUGACUGGUACACGCAGACGGCGGUGCAUGCUAAACCGGGAGUCAACACGACGAUCCCAGCGCCCCUGGGUCACAUCCCCGUGUUUGUACGAGGUGGCAGCGUCCUGCCCAUGCAGGAGCCUGCGCUGACGACUCGGGAUGCGCGCAAGACGCCGUGGUCACUGCUGGUCUCGCUGGGUAGCCAGGGCACAGCCACGGGCCAACUCUAUCUCGACGACGGAGAAAGUAUCCACCCGGUGGACACGCUGUCCGUCAAGUUCAUGGCAUCGUCGUCCAGCCUGCGGGCCUCCGCGCGGGGAACAUGGAAGGAAAACAACCCGCUGGCCAACGUGACAGUGCUGGGCGUGACAAAGGAGCCAUCGUCGGUGACCUUGAACGGCCAAAAAGUAUCGACGGACUCGGUCAGAUACAAUGAAACCUCGCAGGCACUGUACGUGAACGGGCUGCAAAAGUUCACCGCGCAGGGAGCAUGGACCCAGGACUGGGUACUAACAUGGUAA